AUGGCCCCUCUCUCGACGGCAUCGCGCGUGCUUGCGCGCUCGGCGGCCCAGUGCAUCCAGCAGACAACGAAGCCCACGGCCAACACAACAGCACGGCUCGCGGCCGUCGCCUCCUCCAGCUUCAGCACGUCCGUCGCGCGCAACGAUGGCUCGGCCGCCACCUUCAAGAGCCCCUUCCGCGGCACGUCCAAGUCCGAACAGGCCCCCGACUUCAGCCACUACCUCUCCAAGAAGAGCGGCAACGCCAACGCGCUGUUCGGCUACUUCAUGGUCGGCACCCUCGGCGCGCUGUCCGCUGCCGGCGCCAAGUCGACUGUCCAGGGUAGGUGCAAUCGAAUUGGAAGAUAA